AUGGAUGUUGAUGCUCCUCCCUCCUUCCUGGCCAACGAGAUCGACCAUGCCGACGAACCCGAGGCGCUGGUGAUCGAGCCAUGCGGAGAUAUCAUGGAGUAUGUGGUCGGGGACGCCAAAGAUGAUGCUUCCACGGCCACCGGCAAGCGGGCGAAGGAGGCAAACAUCAUAGAGCAUACCAAUGGCGAGGAGCACAUGGAUGUGAAUGGGGCUGUGCCAGCUGGAGACGAGAAGACAUCUUCGGACGAAGAUGACAAGUCAUCUCCUUGCGGCAAGCAAAGAAGCGAAUCACAAGAGAAAGCAGAGAGGCAAACUGAAGCAGGGAAACGAUUGACAUGUCUUUCUCGUGCACAGCAGUGGAUGCGAAGGAUGCCCCAAGUGAAAGUCAUUCAUCAGAUGCAGCCAACGCGUCAGUUGAGGAUGACGGCCCUCAAGAGCUGCAUGAAAGUGCAGAUGUCGAUCAAGAUUCUUCCAAGCAAGUCGAAGGACAAGCCAGAGCCAAACGUAGUGCCACAGACCCUCCUUCCCAAGGAAACCCGUCCUCUGGGGCUGAUGAUCAGGAACAAGACACCGGGAAAGCUGCUCAAGGAGAGCAAGGAUCGCAUGAUAGUACUGAAAGGCAAGUCACCCAAGAAGAUGUGGAAGAACAGACUCAGAACGAUGGAUUCCUCCUCCCACUACGCUGGUGACUCCAAGAAGAAUAGUUCGAACUCUGCGUCUGCUGUGACAGAGCAUCCUGUACAAGAUUCUGAACAAGUAGAGCAGAGGAAGAGCGAGUCCCCGAAUGAGGAGGAAUCGCCGAGGGCAGAGGAAGACACUAUCUCUGAAGAGAAGGACGACGAUGCGAAUCCAGACGAUGCUUCAGAGACUGCGUCAAAGACUGUGCAGAAGUCUUCUUCUCAAUGCAAGAAUGACAGGGACAAUGCCGCGUCAAAUCAAGGAGGCAGUCCGAACGACGAUGAAGCCGACGAUGCUGCAGAAGAGGAAGAGAAGAUGGAUGACAAUCUGUCUCAGGAAGAUCCGAUGGACACUGAAGGAUCGUUGGCUACCAACUCGCCCAUGUUGAAGAGGGAAACAUCAUCCUUAAAGGAUGAGGAGGAAGAGCGAUCUGAUACCGAGGCUUUGCAAAGCCAGGAGGAGCUGGGCGAGGCAGGGAAUGAUUCUGGUAAACGAGAAAGGAGUUCAAGCCGCAGGAACACUCGCCCACAGAAUCGAAGAGACACGAAGUCAAGUGAGAAGAACCGAAAGAAGAGCAGGAAAGAAGCAUCCACACCUUCAGCAGAGAAUGAUCAGACACAAUUGGAAACGAGUGCAGAGCAAUCGAAUCAAGACGACGACAACAAGGCGAGUCAAUCGACUGUUGGGGACGAUGAGGAGAACCUUGUCAAAACUGCAAGGGAUCAAGAGGACGAUGACUCAAAGAUUGGCAUUGAAGCGAAUGGAUCUACUUCCAUGAGCAAGUCGACCUGCCGGAGGAAGCGACCGCGAGCACUCGAGAAGCCUGAUGCGUUGGACCUUGAGAACACAGAGAUCACGGAGGAGGAGAAGCAGGCAGUGCCAGAGUUCUUCUGCGGUCGACCAAUCAAGACCCCAGAGAGGUAUUUGGAUAUCAGGAAACAUUUGCAGCGCCUGUGGUUGUCGCAGAAGCCAAGAUAUCUGAAGAAAUCAAGCUGUCUGGGCAUCAAGGGAGACGUGAACGCAAUCGGAAGAGUUCACGCUUACCUGGAGACUAUCGGAGUGAUCAAUGUUGGGCACAUCAGCGCGCAGAUGGAGAAGGAAGCAUCGGCAGCAAACAGAAAAGACUCUUCGAGGAGAGAUCGACCGAAACAAUCAAGCAAGAAUCGGAACGCGCGUAAGGACAAGGAUCGUUCCGAUGACCAGGCCCGUGAUCGAAACAACGAAGCCGAAGUGAAUCCCGACUCCUUCCAGCGCCUCCUCAACAACGCAUGUUGUCGCGAAGAGCAUUCGUUCGACUCCCUGCUAGAGAAGGAACGUCGCAAGAAGAAGAAUGGAGGAUACCAAGGAGGAUCUGGAGUCUGUGUCCUCAUGUUGUCACCGGGCGAAGUCAAUCAGAGAUUCCGAGUUAUGGAGGCUCUUCAUCAGCAGCAGAUGGAAACGAAGAAGAAGGUUCAGCGAAACACCCAAUGUCGUCCGGGGGUGAAACCAAAUCACUCGAGCGAACGAGUAGAGGAGGUUGAGGGUGAGAAGAAGAUUCUGGCUUCAUUGGAUCACACGACUCUUAAGAAGUAUCGGCGGCAAUUCCGCCUCGACAUGCCCCUGCAGGCGCCUCGUGAAGAGCUUGCCGAGGUGGUGGCGACCCACUUCUCCUCCAACAGGGUCCCAGCAGAGCAUGGGGGAGGAGCCGCUAUCAUCAACACCCUAGAGAACAAGCGAGCGAUGCAGCGAGCCCUGCAGCAAGAGGAGGACCGCCCUGAAACAUCGACCGAGGAAGAGAGUGAAGUUUACACCAUAGAGAUGGAUGGUCAGCGUAUCGAGUUCAACCUCGGAGCGAAGGUCACUGUCCUCUAUGAUGACGGCGAGUGGUACCCGGGCGAGAUCUGCUCCUACACCGAAACAACUGGGAAAUUUCGCUUCAAGCUUACUGAGGUGAUCAAGAGCGCUUCAGACGCGAACCCGAACGCGAUCGUGCCUGGAGGACCUCCGGUGAAGGUCUGA